GCUCGAAGGUGGUAGCGCCGACGUCGCGAGGCAGAAUAGUGACGCGGCUGCAGUCGGCGGAACAAAUAAAGCUGCGACUCUGUUCUACCAGGGACGUGGUGGCAAGGAUGAGAUAGUACCUGAUCCAGCCCCAGGAGACCGACAUGACGACGGCCACGACUACAUCAGCGGCGACUACGAUUUCUCGGUGCUUGAGGACUCAGUCGGAGUGGAAGGAGGAGAUAGGUACAUUGGCGGUCACGCGUCAACGAGCGGUCACGACCCCUCAGGUGGAGCAACCUCAUCUUCCCUUGUGCAAGAAAAGCAAGCGGAUCAACAGCGUGAAAAUGGGCCGCGUGGCACCAGCCUUAGCAAUAGCAACCAGUCCUUACUCUUUGUCCAAGCAAAAGCUGCACAGCGGCCACAGCAAGAGCCAAACGAGAAAACCGUCGCAGGCGCUGGAGAUGAUGAAGUAGACUCUCUUCAGACUACUUCAAAAUUCCUGCAGUCUUCUCGUGGAACGGACGCCGCUAGCGGAAAAACCGUCCCACCACCGACCUUCAGUGUGGAGUACAUCCCGACUUCGAUUUACGAACAAAUGAACGACGCACUCGAACGGAUCAGCCCGACUUUCAAGGUUUCGCUUGCCAAUAUCUAUUGCAAAUGUGUCUGGGUCUGGAAGAUUGCAACUCGUGAUGCUAUCUUAAGACUCGAAAAAAAUCUGUAUUGCGUGACAGGCAAGAGGAGUCCAGUCUGUGCUACGCGGAGGGGGCAUUUCUCAUGCAGAAAAUGCAUCCGAAAGCCCUCUAAAAAUCUGUGAUGCUAGGUCAUGCAUUACAGGGGUCACGGGGGCGUGUCAAAUAUGCAUGAAAAACCUGGCAAUCUUCCAGACCCAGACACUUUUGCAAUCCAUAGCCAACGCAGAACGGCAAAUGAAACAGGACGUGAUGAAGAACCUCUACGG